ACCCCGGCACCAGGGCGGCGGGUGUUCCAUCUCAAGGUCGCGUGCCCGGCGAUGGCGCCGUUUGCUAUAGAGCAAGGUCGCGUGCCCGGCAUGGCGCUGCGCGCCAGUGGCAACUUCUACCACUCCACCACUCGCGCCGUCUCCCGCCAAUAGCACAUGAUCGCCACCCGUAGCGCGGCGCGCUCCCGAUGUCCCGGCCGCCCCCCGCGCAGGCGGGGGCCCUCGCCAACGCCACCUUCUCCCACCUCUUCCAGCUCUGCGCCCACGCCGGCCGCCCGGCGCUCGGCGCGGGCCGCGCCGCGCACGCGCGGAUGCUCGUGUCCGGGUUCGUGCCCACCGAGUUCGUCUCCAACUGCCUCCUCCAGAUGUACGCCCGCUGCGCGGGCGCCGCCCGCGCGCGCAGGGUGUUCGACGCGAUGCCCCACCGGGACACAGUCUCGUGGAACACCAUGCUCACGGCGUACGCUCACGCGGGAGACAUCGACACGGCCGUAUCGCUGUUCGACGCGAUGCCGGGCCCUGACGUCGUGUCGUGGAACGCGCUGGUCUCGAGCUACAGCCAGCGCGGCCUGUUUCGGGAGUCAGUAGGUCUGUUUCUGGAGAUGGCUCACGGGGGUGUUGCCCCUGACAGGACGACGUUUGCUGUUUUGCUGAAGGCCUGCAGUGGUUUGGAAGACUUGGCACUUGGUGUUCAAAUCCAUGGAUUGGCGGUAAAGACGGGCCUGGAGGCUGAUGUCCGAGCCGGGAGUGCUCUCGUGGACAUGUAUGGCAAGUGCAGGAGUUUGGAAGACGCACUGUGCUUCUUUCAUGGAAUGGGUGAGAGGAAUUGGGUCUCUUGGGGUGCGGCGAUCGCGGGAUGUGUUCAAAAUGAGCAGUACACACGAGGGCUGGAGCUGUUUGUGCAGAUGCAGAGGCUGGGGCUUGGGGUGAGCCAGCCGGCUUAUGCCAGUGUCUUUAGAUCCUGCUCAGCAAUGUCAUGUCUGAACACUGCUAGGCAGUUACAUGCGCAUGCCAUAAAGAAUAAGUUUAGUUCUGACCGUGUUGUUGGCACAGCAAUUGUAGACGUGUAUGCCAAGGCUGAUAGCUUGGUUGAUGCUAGAAGGGCAUUCUUUGGUUUGCCCAACCAUACUGUGGAGACAUGCAAUGCCAUGAUGGUUGGGCUUGUGCGCACAGGGCUCGGACCUGAGGCCAUGCAACUGUUUCAAUUCAUGACCAGGUCUGGUAUUGGUUUUGAUGUAGUUAGCUUAUCAGGUGUUUUCAGUGCUUGUGCCGAGGUUAAGGGGUACUUUCAAGGGUUACAAGUCCACUGCUUAUCAGUUAAAUCAGGGUUUGAUGCGGAUGUUUGUGUCAAAAAUGCAAUUCUGGAUCUAUAUGGGAAGUGCAAAGUGUUGGUAGAAGCAUAUCUUAUAUUCCAGGAGAUGGAGCAAAGAGACUCGGUCUCUUGGAACGCUAUUAUUGCAGCUCUUGAGCAAAAUGAGUGUUAUGAGGAUACCAUAGCCCACUUAAAUGAAAUGAUGCGCUCUGGUAUGGAACCUGAUGAUUUCACUUAUGGUAGCGUCCUUAAGGCUUGUGCAGGCUUACAAUCUUUGGAAUAUGGAUUGAUGGUUCAUAACAAAGUUAUCAAGUCGGGACUUGGUUUCGAUGCUUUUGUUGCAAGCACUGUUGUUGACAUGUACUGUAAAUGUGGCAUGAUCACAGAGGCUCAGAAACUUCAUGAAAGAAUUGGGAGGAAAGAACUUGUUUCGUGGAAUUCCAUCAUAUCAGGAUUUUCACUCAACAAACAGAGUGAUGAAGCACAGAAGUUCUUCUCAGCGAUGCUAGAUAUGGGGGUAAAGCCUGAUCAUUUUACUUAUGCCACGGUUCUUGAUACUUGUGCUAAUCUGGCUACCAUUGAGUUGGGAAAACAGAUCCAUGGUCAGAUUAUCAAGCAGGAAAUGCUUGGAGAUGAAUAUAUCUCUAGCACUCUUGUAGACAUGUAUGCCAAGUGCGGGAACAUGCCAGACUCGCUGCUGAUGUUUGAGAAGGCGCAGAAACUGGAUUUUGUGUCGUGGAAUGCUAUGAUAUGUGGCUAUGCACUCCAUGGCCAGGGAUUGCAAGCCCUAGAGAUGUUUGAGAGAAUGCAGAAAGCAAACGCUCUGCCAAAUCAUGCAACUUUUGUGGCAGUUCUUCGGGCAUGCAGCCAUGUUGGUCUGCUAGACGACGGAUGCCGCUACUUCCAUCUGAUGACAACACGCUACAAAUUGGAACCUCAACUGGAACACUUUUCUUGCAUGGUCGAUAUACUAGGACGGUCAAAGGGCCCGCAGGAAGCUCUGAAAUUUAUCAGAAGCAUGCCUUUUGAAGCAGAUGCAGUCAUAUGGAAGACUCUGCUAAGCAUUUGCAAGAUCCGUCAAGAUGUUGAAGUGGCUGAAAUUGCUGCUAGCAAUAUUCUACGGCUAGAUCCAGAUGAUUCAUCAGUUUACAUUCUUCUCUCAAAUGUAUACGCUGAAUCAGGAAAAUGGGUUGAUGUUUCAAGGACUAGAAGGCUAAUGAGGCAGGGACGGCUGAAAAAGGAACCUGGUUGUAGCUGGAUUGAAGUGCAAUCAGAGAUGCAUGGUUUCCUUGUAGGAGAUAAGGUCCAUCCAAGAUCGACGGAGGUGUAUGAGAUGUUGAAUGAUUUGAUUGGUGAGAUGAAACUCUCUGGAUAUGAGCCUGCUUCAGCCCUUUUUGCUGAGGUUGAUGAAGAGGGGAGCGCAUCUGAGCAAGAUGAUUUGCUUGGAAUCAUCGGUGAUUAAUCUGUCUUGCCUUCAUGUAAACUUGGCAGAUUCCGCCAGCAGAGAGUGAUACUAAAAAUGGCACUGAGGCAGAAACUCAAUUUUCUACCUGGCCAUGUCAUGUAAGCAUGUUCUUGUUGAUCUUAGGAUGCAUGUGACUGACGAUUGUUCACAUGAAAGCAAGCCAGGACCAUGUGCACAGUUUUGGCUUGAAGAGGACUGGCAGUGCAGAAAAUAGGCUAGCAAAAGAAAUCAAACUGACCACAUCUGGUGGAUAAGUAACUUAUUGUUAUUUCCACAACAUGUGCUGAUUCUGGCUUGUAUACAGGGAAUAUAGCAAACUUGGCAGAA